AUGCUGUCCAGGCGAGAGGGGGUCUAGGCAGACCUUUCACUAGCAUUCGCGACCAUCUUGCGCAUGCGCAGUGCCUCAUUCUACUCAGCAUCAUGGCGGCUCCCAUAGACCUCGAGUUGAAAAAGGCCUUUGCGGAGUUGCAGGCUAAAAUGGUUGACACCCAGCAGAAGGUGAAGCUGGCAGACCUGCAGAUCGAACAGCUGAGCCGCAUGAAGAAGCACGCCAACCUCACGCACGCAGAGAUCACAUCGCUCCCUGACAGCACUCGCAUGUAUGAGGGAGCAGGACGCAUGUUCAUUUUACAGUCAAAAGAUGAGAUUGCCAAUCAGCUUUUGGAAAAGCAGAAGACGGCAGAUGAAAAGGUCAAGGAGCUUGAGCAAAAGAAGACUUACCUGGAGCGCAGCGUUAAAGAUGCGGAGGACAACAUAAGAGAGAUGCUGAUGUCCAGGAGAGCCCAGUAAAACACGCUCACACCCAUCCACACACACACACACACACAAAAAACCCUUCUUCAUCACCUUUGUACACCGUGCCCUUGGCUUGAACAUGCUUCUGCAUGUAUUCAAGAAUACUUGUGACAGACGAGCCAACGGGAGUCAUCUGUCAGCUGAACACAGGAAGUUUAUUUAGGUUAAUAGUUCAAAAUGAAUGUACUGUUGACCGUCUGUCUAAUACUGACUCGUGUGACCUCUGACACCUGAGUAUUCUGUAAGACUUUUUAAGUUAUUGAUUGUUUUCUUCAGCUGUUCUUUUUUCUAUGGUUUUGUGAUAAUACAAAACAUUUUUUAUGUAAGCAGGUGUUAACAUGGUAAUAAAGGUGGCUGUUGAAAGACAAA